AUGAAACAGUUUGCGUUUGUGUCCUUGCUGCUCCUGAUCGUGCUGUGCGGUGUGCUGUGCAUCGAGUCGGCGAUCGCCGGAGAUCGGUUAGUCUUCCACGUACCGAUCUCGUACAAGAACGUGCACAUGAUGAAGACACGUGUCAAGCCGGUGCACCAUCAGACGUUUCAGCAAACGGAUUACAAGCUGCUGGGCUACAGCAUGGACCGGCAUGGCCACGGUAUGCAGUCGAUGUCUCCGAUGGAGUACCUGGCAAGGAUGCAAAUUUUGCGGUAG